UCUGGGUCAAUUCUCAAAUGCGUCGCCUUUCCUCGCUUGGCCAUGCCUGCCUUUGGUCUUUGGCUAGCCGAUCGGGGGCACGCCGGCCUAAUCCAUCAUCACGCGUCGAGAAACACCUCCAUGAACGCCGCUGCCGCCAUGGGCUGCACGUUGACGACACAGCGGCCAGCGACUCGACGCAGCAGCUAGCUGGCCUGGCCGUCCCGGACACGGCACGACUGAAUUGUGACCCGUCGUUUACGUGACCAAGAACGCCUCUGCCGUCAGGGGGCAGGAGACGACGAGGUCAGCCGGUGACCAACCGGGCCGCCGGCGCCUGACCCACUCCGUCUCCCCCUAGCCGCAGCCUUCUUAGUUUCGUCCUCGUGCUGCGCGAGCACGAAAUUCUUUGCCGCCUCCGCGACAAAUAGUAGUGGCCCUGUAACGGGAAUAACCGCCCGCGCACAGCUACCUCGGCGACAGCCUAACGGCCACGGCCUGGCUCUGAUGCUGCCAUGUCGCGCGUGCCUCGUAUCGGCGCUCCUGCUGCCGUUGCUGCUGCGUCGCCCCCUCCCCCUCGUCUCCUGCCUCCACGUGGCCGCCGACGCGCCCCGGACGGCGACGGACCACCGGCAGGACGGCCCGGCGUGGCGCUCGUUCCAGCAGCUGCUCGACGCGCGCCGGGGCAGCCGCGUCGUGGGCCUGGCGGAGCUCAAGCUCUACCUGGCGAGGUUCGGGUACAUGCCCGGGGCGGAGCGCGAGCCUACGGACUCGUUUGACGCGCACAUGGAGGCCGCCGUCCGGCGGUACCAGUCCACGCUCAGCCUGCCGGUCACGGGGCAGCUCGAUUCCGCCACGCUCGACCGGAUCAUGGCCCCGCGCUGCGGCGUCGGCGACAACGGUCACGGCGUCAUGCCCGUGUCCCUGACGGCCGCGGGGGCGGGGAGCCAGGCCGCCGCCGGCGCGGUCAGCCGGUUCACGUUCUUCAAGGGCCAGCCGCGGUGGACGCAGCCGGACCCGCUCGUGCUCACGUACGCCAUCUCGCCGACGGCCACCGUCGACUACCUGCCUGCCGAGACCGUGCGCGCCGUGUUCCGGCGCGCGUUCGCGCGCUGGGCGCGGGUCAUCCCCGUGGGCUUCGUCGAGACCGACGACUACUACGAGGCCAACAUCAGGGUGGGCUUCUACGUGGGCAGCCACGGCGACGGGAUCCCCUUCGACGGGCCGCUAGGCGUGCUCGGCCACGCCUUCUCCCCCAGGAACGGGCGGCUCCACCUCGACGCGGCAGAACGGUGGGCGGUUGACAUGGGCACGGAGACGGCGCACUCGGCUAUCGACUUGGAGUCCGUGGCCACGCACGAGAUCGGGCACGUCCUCGGCCUGGGGCACUCGUCGUCGCCCAAGGCGGUCAUGUACCCGAGCCUCAGCCCGAGGCAGAAGAAGGCGGCGCUCACCGUCGAUGAUAUCGAAGGCGUCCAGUGGCUUUAUGGACCCAACCCGGGAUUCAGUCUCAGUUCACUCUACCAGCAGGACUCGUCCUUGGCGACGGCGAGGAGCAGCUGGCUUGCAGGCUCAGCUAGUAUAGUUUGUGCAGUCCUGGUCAUACUAGUGACGCAAUUGUAGAAGGAUAGACAGGUUUAUAUAUAAUACGUAAAAAGGAUAAGAACAGAACGGAGGUAAAGCAUUAGGUAGCAUACUCCUGCUAAGGGAGAGAGAAACGUCUCUUCUCGCAGGUUAGAUUAGUUUUGCACAGAAAUGUGUGCAAGAGAGAUGCGUCUCUCUUCGUGUUGAUUGUUUUACGGAAAUGUUCCAUGAAACUGUACAUCAUCUUAUCAGUCAAAAAGUGUGAGAAAUGUGUUACCUACAAGAGAA